CUUCCCGAACAGGAGGAAGUGGGAUUUCCAGGAAGGAAUUGAACGCACCACACCAGUCGGAACACUCCAGCGGUGGUGAACGGACAAGAUGCAGACAAUAAAGUGUGUGGUAGUGGGUGACGGUGCUGUGGGGAAAACCUGCCUGCUCAUCUCCUACACAACCAACAAGUUUCCCUCUGAAUACGUACCAACCGUCUUCGAUAACUAUGCUGUGACAGUGAUGAUCGGAGGGGAGCCAUAUACCCUUGGACUGUUUGACACUGCAGGUCAGGAGGACUAUGACAGACUGCGACCCCUUAGCUACCCUCAAACCGAUGUCUUCCUCGUCUGUUUCUCCGUCGUAUCGCCUUCCUCCUUUGAAAACGUCAGAGAGAAGUGGGUUCCUGAGAUUUCUCACCACUGCCCGCGGACGCCCUUCCUGCUGGUUGGAACUCAGGUGGAUUUGAGAGAUGACAGCAACACAAUGGAGAAGCUGGCCAAGAACAAACAACGACCCAUGAGCUCUGAAAGUGGGGAGAAACUGGCGCGAGAGCUCAGAGCUGUCAAAUAUGUGGAGUGCUCAGCUCUGACGCAGCGAGGAUUGAAGAAUGUGUUUGAUGAGGCCAUCCUGGCGGCUCUGGAGCCCCCAGACAUCAAACCCAAAAAGCGCUGCCUUCUCCUAUAGAAACCUUCCAGAAGACGUGGAGCAGACAAAGAAGAUGGAGGUGGACGAGGAAGAGAUCGAUCCUGUACGGGAACAGGGAGGGAGCACCAAGGGGAGGGGUGUAGACACAUGUUUAAACAGUGCCUUCAGCCGUAGUGACCUAACGUGGGUGUGGUGUUAAAACUGACAGGCGCUUUAUUUUCCUAGUAGAUAAGUCGCUCUAACACGGUAAACAUUUAUGAGCUACACUCCACACUAACAAGUAAACAGGAUUUUCUUUUGAUAAUGGGAUGCGAUGAACUGCAAGGCACGGAUGGAGACAAGUUUACAGCUGAAACUGAAAACCAGCUCCUCAUUUGGAGAAAUAUUUUGGCAAUAAGGCACUGACGGUCUGCAGGAAAUUAAAGAACUAUGUUAUUAGUGUUUAAACACCUUCCCUUUUAUGUGCCAGCUUUACUUCUCUUUACAUCAAGUUUUAUGUGCGUUCAUUUUCUUUUUCCUUUUUGUUUCUUCUGCCAUAAAUCGUUUUUUAGUGCCAAAAAUGCAUUUUGAAUYCAUAUAUUUAUUCGAAAUGGCAUUCUAAAAGGUUAAUAGAAACACAAUAAGUGCUUUGCUUUUGCCACUGGAAUUCAGUUUUUGGAGCAAAACGAUAUAACUUCAAGGCAUUUUUAAUGUUAAAAUCUUUACAUCUACAACUAUGUCUAAGUGAGUUUAAAAAAAAUAAAAUUUCCAACAUUAAAAUGUUUUUUAAAAUGUUCAGUUUUCAAACACAUUUUAUGUUCACUAAAUCUGGUCUUAAAGUAUUGUUCUCUGAUGCUUAAGAAUUUAAAACUGAAUAAUAAAUCAUUUGCUUUUUACUCAUUCAAAAAAAAGAAACUGAAAACCUGGCCCUAAAUCUGAACAAGUUAUCUGGAGUAAUGCAAGAACAUGACAAGCAGGAUCUGCAGGUUUGUCCAGUUGGUAUCUGACCAAUGUGGAACAAACACGCGUUUGACACUUCAAAGGUUCUGCAUGACUGCAAUCAAACUCAUAUUUACUUUUAAGGCUUCAAUUUUUAAUGAUGAGUCAAUUAUGGUUGUUUUUUAGUUUUUAUUAAAAGAGUAAAGUGCAUGUUUUCUUCGAGAAAAAAAGCAUUUCUUUAAGACAUAAAAUAUGUUUCAUUGUUAAAUAAAAGUUGUGCCUUUUAGUUUUUCCACUCCAGGAAAGAGUGAUUAAAACUUUGCAAGAAUACAUUUUAGAUUCUUGGAGGUUUAAAGUGCUCAACUCGUUUGAUAGUCUUAUUGCCUUAACCCAGUCAAACUCAUAUAUAUAUUUUUUUUUAUUAUCUCUAAGCUGUUUGGUGAGCCAUAACAUCCAGAAAUUUUGCAGCUUUAUUUCAUCGAUCUCAAACGGUUAACACAAAACCACGUAAUGUUUUCUAUUCUGAUUAUUUUGUUCUUCUGGAAACAUCUUUAGUUUUCAGCACCCGAACGCCUUAAAAAGGACUGCUGUGGUUCAAAUGUUCCUUUGCUGUUUCUUCUGCCAAAGUUCAACUAAAUCACUGCUUCACAGAUUCCAGAAUGUUGAUCUAGAUGUUAAUAUAAUUAUUAGGAAUUACCAUUUGAAUUAUUCAUAGAUUUUUUWWUUUUAUUUUKUUGCUGUUACGCUGCUUUCUUAGCCCAACUUCUUUGAACAAAAUGAAAACUAAAGCUUGUUUUGUUAGCAGAGCUUCACAUUUUCACUCAGCAGUUGUGCUUAUUCAAAAACUGUUCCUCUGGGGACUAGAUUUUUAUUUUUUAUUUUUUUGCAUAGAAUGGGAUAAAUGGUGAUGUAUAUUAUUUUAUGGAGUUUCAGUGCUCUGUAGCACUGACUGUCCUGAGCCCAGAAAACAGUUUUAAUCCUUCACAUGACUGUAUUUUCUAAUGAAAUGAACACAGAAUCCUUUUUUUUUUUUUUUUUUUAAACCAAUCUGUUGAUGUUGACAUUUUGAUCAGAUAUUGAAUGAAUUAUUACUAGUAUUAUAUAGAUAUUUUGCUUCUUAUUGUUUCUUUGGGGACAGUAGUUUUGCAGGGUUUUAGACACUUUAAGUUUUGAUUUCUUCUUUGUGCCUUUUAGACAUUUUUACAACUACUUGAUGAAAACACAGAGUGCCAACAAUUACGGCAUCACCGGCUUAGUGUGGCAAACAAAAAGAUCUUUAAUAAGCUUCUCAUGUCAAAAACGAAAGAUAUUUUUAAAACAAUACUUGGAGAUUGAAUAAUAUUUGUCAUGCAUUAAAUUUGAAUGUUUGUUGGAAUGGGUGUAUGGAAAUAAUAAAAAUAGUACUUGAAUGUUUCA